GGAGUCCGGCCACCCUGGCUCGUGGGGAGGGGGCAGCGGUGGGGCACCUCUCCCCGCAGCAGAUAGGCUCAGCGCCGGGCCCCCAUCCCCGGGACUCGCGGGGCCGCUGUACAGCACCCUGGCCUCCCAGUUUUGCAUAACAUCCUCCCCAUCCUCCUCUCCCCGGGGCCGGGCUGUCGCUUGGGGAUGAUCUUAUCUUCUCUCCCGCCCCCCCACCCCUCGCUGGCCAGCAGGCGAGCAACCAGUGAGGACUGUGGCUUGUGAAUAGCUGCGAAGUGACCGGGCGGUAACAAAGGGACCCGGAGACCAGCGGCUGAGCUGCCCGGACCGUGCUUAGCGCAGCAGCUGCAACCCCAAUGCUUUCAGACACCUUCAGGAUCCAUCUGAAGGUUCUGUUCCACAUACAUGAUAAAGGGACACCUUCCACCUCUUGUUUAAAGGAACAGAGAGAGGGAGUCUGAUCUACAGAUUUCAUAACUGGGUGGAUGCUUUGGUGACAUCAGUCUUGUCUGUAAUCUUUUGUCACUUAACAGAAAGGGUCUCCAGUCAGGAGGGAACAAAAGUGAUCAGUCUCGUGUUAUCCCACUUGGGACCUUAUCCUCUUUCAGGAGGAAGUGGCUUGUGACCUUUAUUUGAAAUCUGCUCAUCAAUCUGAUGUGUUGGAUUUGUAAGAGAACACGGCUUCUCACCAUUGUUAGAAAACCUGCAGAUACUUAAAAAUGAGCAGUGAUUGCUCUAACUCAAGUAUUAGCCAACAACAGGCCCAGCAUCGUUAAUCACCUCAUUCUGAUGCACCAUACAUUAUGGUUCACAUCAAUCUAUUGAAAAAAAUGUGUGGACUCUUGUUAUUGCUUGUGGUUCUGACUAUUUGCUUGUGGGGGGAAACAAGAAAAGGCUACUAUAUUUCCUUCAAAACAGAAAGCAAAAGUUUUCAGAUUCCCAGAGCUCUGGGAAAAGGAGAUGUACUUACAUCCCGACUUCUUUCAAGCAAAGAUGUUAAUGAGAACGACCAGUUAUCUGUUGCUUUGCUGGUCAAAAUGGAGAAAGUAAAUGGCAGCAUCUCUCCAACCCCUCCAGGAAACAAUGCAGUGGCAAAGUACAAGAAAUCAUUGCUCUCUGUGAAUGUCUGGAAUGAGGACAGUUCAUCAAAGAAUCUCAUACCUAGGCUGCGAAAGGUCAAAAACAAUUACCUGUCCAUGAACAAGUACAAUGUGACUUACAAAGGGCAAAGGAAUACUGCCAAACUCAGUCCGGAGAAACUGCUGUGCCAGCUCCGGGACAGAGUGAAUGUGACAAUGAUCCAUGGGUCAGACGGUCCAUUCAAUACCUCUGAAUGGCAGAUGUAUCUACCAAGAAAAAACCUCAGCCAAGAAGUUGGCCACUUCCGUCAAUGCGCUGUCGUGUCCUCAGCAGGAUCUCUGAAGUCCUCGCAUCUGGGACCAGAGAUAGACCUCCACGACGCAGUUUUGAGAUUUAAUGGGGCUCCUACCAUAGGGUUUCAGAAUGAUGUAGGGGAAAAGACAACAGUCCGCCUUGUUAAUUCCCAGGCUGUGCUUAGAGGAACAGCUCAGUUGGGCUUUAUCAUGUACAUUUCCUUGCUUGUAACUGUCGAAGAGCAGAAGUUCCUUACAGAUACGUUGUACAAUACUGGAAUCUUAAUUGUCUGGGAUCCAGCACCUUAUCAUGCCGAAAUUAAUGAGUGGUACAGAAAACCAGACUACAGUUUCUUUGCAAACUACAAGGUGUAUCGUACUAGACAUCCGGAACAGCCCUUUUAUAUCCUGAACCCAAAAAUGCAGUGGCAGCUCUGGGAUAUUCUGCAGGAGAACUCGCUGGAGGAAAUUCAGCCCAAUCCACCUUCUUCUGGAAUGCUUGGCAUUGUGAUCAUGAUGACCCUCUGUGAUGAAGUGGAUGUUUAUGAAUUCCUCCCUUCCAAACGACAGACAGAUAUCUGCCACUAUUACCAGAGAUACCACGACCGCGCCUGCACCAUGGGUGCUUACCACCCACUGCUGUUCGAGAAAAACUUGGUGAAGCACAUUAACCAAGGCCAAAAUGAGUUAAUUUACACCCAUGGGAAAGUGACUUUGCCCGGUUUCAGAAACAUGCACUGUUAGCAACUCAACUUCUACUGUGCAUAGAUACUUCUGUUGAUUUUCAAGGCACUUUUAGAAGGAUACUGUUGAGAUUGUUAGGCCUAAACAUUGAUGUGCCCUGACAGUUCUUUCAUAAUGCACACCUUACACCCCUUAGGAUUCCUGUGAUGCAACUUCUCUGAUCUGUACAAUAGCAGAAAGAAUUACACAUCCUUCACCACAAUUAUCCAAUAUCUAUUGUGUGAACUUCCAGUCAGAUUAGUGGAUCUGAGGGGCUGAGUACCUUCAGCUGCAAUUGGCCACCUGAGUUGUUUUCUAUGCAGUGUAAACCAACGUAUUGCUGGUAUCACUCCACUGAACUCAGUGGAAUUAUGCCAGCAGAAAAUCUGGCCCAUUUUAUAAAAGAAUGGCUAAAAAUAAUCCCAUAGUUCUGGAAUCUUUAAAGACAGGCCUACCAUUAUGGACCCACUGUGAAGGCUGCCUGUUAAGAUAGGCAGUAAUUCAACAUGUUAAAAUCUAUUACUUUAAUUAUAGUCCUAACGACCUUGAGAAACAGUCCUUUAUAUUCUGGAAUUGUGAUGGUGAUUCUGCCAAAUCAAGGAGGAAUAGUUCAGUGUCGAUUUAUUUUGAAAUUUUUACCUUUGUAAAAAUUCUGAUGUUCAGUGAAUUGCUAAAUUGAAUUUAAAUGUCUGGUGACCACUCAGUCCAGUUUGUUCAAUGUAGCAUCUUGUUAGGGAAACAGGAUAUUUUAAUUCCAAAUCAUUUUGGGGAAGACUUUUGAAAGGCAUAAAUGGCAGUUUGCAACUGUAAUGGGGGUUGGUGCCUAGUUGCCAUUUGGGCCCUGUGAAAGUCUCCCCAUUAGUAAUUUAGGACAAUAAUGCUACAUAGUCACAGGCAACUAAAUAAGCCAUGGGGCUACUAGCCAGCCGCAGACCAGAUCUCCCCUUCUAGGUUUCAUCAGCUAUCCAAGUUGACCUCUGUUAGCUAUUCCUGACAUUCAGAUAGUGUCUCUCUCUCACACACAUAUACACCCUUUCCAAGUGCACAGGGAAUGAGCACAUUACACUAUCUCUUGAAAUAGCAGCUGGGAAGGGGGAGUUGCACUCUGCUCUUCAAGCCAGUGCAAAAGGGAGGUGGGCAGAGCUUUUUGACUCCUUCCUGCCCCCUUGAUGUGAUUUUUGUCCCCGGAGUUCAUGGAAGGAGUAGUCUUUUUGAUUUCCCCCAAUCAUAGUUUUUCUUUGGUCUGGGCAGAGGGUCACCUCGGUUUGUCUCCAUUCCCUCUGUUCACCUAUUCCAGAUCCACUAUCCCUUUUCUCAUGGUUCAGAUUCAUAGGAUCUUCACUUCCAAGCUGAAGCCACCAGGUCACACUCUUCUGUUGUGUACACUGGUGUAACCCUACUCAGGUCCAUGGCAUUAUGCCAGUGUAACCAUGGCUGGAACACCUGAUAGGAAGUAUAAAUGCUCAACAAUUAAUAUGCUGUUUCAUGAUCCUACCUAUAUUUAUGACAACGUUGAUAUUAUUUAACUUUCCGUCAGUAAUGUCAUUUAUCUGGUUUUGAGUGAUAUGGGUUUUAAUGGUUUUAGGUGUAAGAAGUAGAUGCUACUUUUGCUGUCCAUAAUAUGCAUCAUUGUGGUAGGAAAACAGUUGCACAGCAACAGACUUUGUUCCCAUUGUGAAGAACCCAUUGGGUUAAAUUCUGCCUUCUGUUAAACUUGUAUGUCCCACUGGAUUCAUGGGAGAGCUUGGCCACCAUUGAUCUGGAUCUACAGAGGAACCCUUUCAUCCCAUGUGAAGACCAGUUGACUUUAGUAGGGCUCUGUGCAGAUCCAGUUGCGAGAUCAGGGCUUAGCCGAAUAAAGUCCUAGUGAGAAAAUUCGCAUCAUGGUACUUGUAAAAUGAGAAUUCCUAUUGCUUGUAAUAAAACCUUGUGAAGACAUUGGCUCAGAUUCUGAUCUCCGCAAACCAGUGUAAAUCUAGAGAGGCUACAGUGGAUUUACACCAAUGUAUACGAGAUCAGAAUCUGGUCCAACAUUUAAAUAAUGCUUUUUAAAAUUUCUGUACAGUUCUGCAAAGGCUGUGUCUGGGUAGUAGUGAGUUCCAAUCAGUAACUCAUUACCAGUUUCCAUUGUUGUGCAGAAUGAAACCAUCAAGCUAUUUUCAUUAUUUAUGCAGCAGUAUUUUAAAUUUUAAGUGGAUGUACCAAACUCAUCAUUUUUAAAAAUUUUCUGAACACUGAUCUUUUAAAAUAGUUUGAAAUAAUACUGAAGGAUCCAAAGAAGAUGUACAAUUUGUAAUAAAGUUUGUCUUUUUUUUUAAAGAGGUGCUAUCUGUAUCAUUCUUAAAUUAAACUAACAUGAGGAUAUUAAAUGUUGUUUAAUUUCUCUCCCCUCCUUUUCCUCCCUUCCAUUUAUGAGCUUGCAAAAGCUUGAGAGAAAGAAUAAUUCAAGAGAGACAUAGCAAACAUCUCCUCACCACUCUACUGUAUUACUCACUUAUAGAAAUCAAAGGAUGUAUUGGGGUGCUGCAAAUAAUCUGAUAGUUCAGCCUGCCAAGUUGCAUCUUCAAUGAACAGGAGAAGGAAUUUGAAUCACGGUUAUUACACAAUAUUUGCCAACAACUCCAGGUCAACAAGAAUUUUUUGGGACACUACCUAAAUACUUCAGCACACACAGGACUCAAUUUUCUCCUAGCGCCAUCUCCACCCCAGCCAAGAUGACAACAUAAUAUCAAAACAAGACAACACCAUUAAGGUAAAAGACACAGCACUACCUGUUGGUGCAGGUGCUGCCUGCAUUGGUCAUUACACUGUCUUUGCACUCCAUUCUUAUACUGGACCUUGUAUGGAAGGGAGUACCUGUAACAUGGUGGCUUUUUAAAAAAUAAAUAUGGGCAAAUGUUUGCCAAUUCCA